AUGAUGGGGCAAGAAAAACUUUCAUUCCAUGAGAGAAAGCAAAUAGAAAAACUAAAGCAGCUUUAUUCAAAGCAUGAUUUUUGGGAUACAUAGCCAGUCUUAACUACUGCUAAGUAAAGAGGACAAGAACUGAAAGAAGGUGAGAUUGUUCAUAAAUAGAUCAAAGAUAUAUCCAAUGAACCACUCCCUCUUCCAGCAGGCUUUGAAUGGUCAUCUAUAGAUCUUGCAGAUGAAAAACAGGCAACUGAAGUUUAUGAAUUACUAAGGGAAAAUUAUGUAGAGGAUAGUGAAAAUACAUUUAGAUUUGAUUACCCAAUUGACUUCAUAAGAUGGGCUUUAUUGGUACCUGGCUAUAAAGUAGAUUGGUUUGUGGGAGUUAGAGUUUCAAAGACUCAAAAACUAUUUGCAUUCAUCUCAGGGAUUCCAAUAAAAACCAGAGUAAAGGAUAAGACAGUAAAAAUGGCGGAAAUUAACUUUUUAUGCGUUCAUAAAAAGCUUAGAACAAAGAGAUUGGCUCCAGUAUUAAUCAAGGAAAUUACAAGAAGAGUAAAUUUAACCAAUGUUUGGCAGGCUUUAUACACAGCAGGAGUAGUCAUUCCGACUCCUAUCACUACUGCAACCUAUUGGCAUAGAUCUCUUAAUGUUAAAAAACUUAUUGAUGUAGGAUUUAAUUAACUUCCCUCAGGUAUGCCAAUGGCAAGAUACUAAAAAAUGCAAAAAGUUCCAAAAAUGAGUGAGGUUUAUCUUAUUGGAGAAGUCAGACCAUUGGUUUAAAAAGAUAUUGCAUAGGUUUACAAGUUACUAGUAACCUACCUUGAGAAAUAUUAAUUAAAGCUAAGGUUUAGCGAACAAGAAGUAUCUCACAUGCUAUUACCAAGAGAUGGAGUUAUCUAUUCUUAUGUCGUAGAAAAUCCUGAGAAAAAGUAGAUUACAGAUUUUGUUUCAUUCUAUCGCUUACCAUCAUCUGUACUAAAAAAGGUUGGCCAUAAUCAUGAUCACAUAAAUGUUGCGUACUCUUACUACAAUGUAAAUACUGAUAAUAGUCUAUUAGAGUUGAUGAGAUUCGCAAUUGUUAAGGCAAAAGAAGUUGGAUUUGAUGUAUUCAAUGCACUUGAUAUCUAGGACAAUCAUGAAUUCCUUACAGAAUUAAAGUUUUCCCAGGGAGAUGGAUAUCUUCACUACUAUCUUUACAAUUGGCACUUAUCUCAAGACUUAGGUUCUAGUGAUGUAGGUAUCGUUUUAGUCUGA